GUCAUUAAAAUUUCGACGAUUUAACGAUUUCACGAUACAAAAACCAAUGACAAAGUACGGAAUAAAAACAAAUAAUAUUUGGAUAGCUCACCUGUCACGUGAUUUCGCACAUCCAAUAUUAUAUUCGUAUGUCUCUUCGAUUCGUUAGUGUACUAUUGGAAAUUGCUGAAAUUGUGGUCUCUAAAAUUUAAUAAUUUUCCAUUUUUUGUUGUCAGAAUGCCUGGACAUUACGAAAAUUGGCUUGUAGUACACAUUGUUUUGGAAGAAAUUGAAUUUGCUCCUCUUAUACAAGUAGCUUAUGUUACGUCUAAAAUCAUGUCGUGCAAAUUCCACGACAAGGCUAGUAGAAACGAAGUUUUGAAACUUAUAAAUGAACUAGGUAGCACCGAAGUUGUGACACGAACUAAACGAUUUCCUGACGCUUUCCUGGUUAAUCUGACUCACGGAGAAUUCGCCAAACAAUUAAUCAACGUGCGUACGAUAUUGGAGUUCGACGAGCAAGAACUGAGUGAAGAAAAGAAGAUGGAGAGAAGAAAUUCUUAUUACUCGUCGUCUCAAUGUCUACGUACAAUGCUGUGCAAUCUAAAACUUUAUCAAGAUCUUUACGACAGAGCCUCCUUUGAGAGAAGAAGUCAAUUGGUAUGGCGAGAGCUUCUGAUGGAUGAUGAAACCUGGGAGCGUAUAGUAGCUGCUAAUCUUGGAAUCAAUUACGAACAGGCUCGAGGAAUAAAUUAAAGAGAUCAACUAUACCACCAUAUA